UUCUCAAUUAAAUCGCGUCUGAGUCAGCGCCUCGCCCCGUCCUCCCCACCCCCGAUCUCUCCACCCAGGCCAUUGACAGGCACACGCCUGGAGGACCCGGGGACCAGCCGCCCUUUGUGAUGCUGAUUCGGGCUGGAGGAGCCCCUCCGUCUUUUGUCUGAUGUUUUUCAGGCAGACGGAGGAGGAGAGAGCGCAGCAGCUCUUGAAAAUUGACCAGCCCCCCCGAGCUGCGCGUCACAUCGGAGCAAAGACAAAACGCCCGCCUGCCUGGGCUUAGCGCGCACGCACAGCCGGGUCGGGAGGCAGACGGAGGCGCUUCCCUUACACACGGAACACAGGGCUUGGUGAUUUCCCACAAAAAAUAUAUAUAUUGUCGAUCCAGGCUAUUACCCCGCUAGGGCAAACCGUCUUAGGCAGGCGCCGGCCAGGUGAGAGAGCCCCCGGCUUGGAGAGGCGGAAAUGUAACAUUUCAGCACCCUGGACAGUUCCAAGCGCGGCGGCGCUUUAACGGUCGGGCCAUGGCAAGCGUCCAGCAGGGCGAAAAGCAGCUCUUCGAGAAGUUCUGGAGAGGGACCUUCAAAGCGGUGGCCACGCCAAGACCCGGCAGCGUCAUCGUGGCCAGCAUCACCUCCCGCAAGCCCCUGGCCAGCACUGAGGCACUCAGCUGCCUGCCGCUUCCAACAGACAACAAGCACCCGGAGGAGCCAUGCCGAACUCAAGAGACCUCUAGCACCAAUGGCUGUGUGAGGUUGAAAGACAGCCAGGAGUAUGCUAGGCACAAAUCAUGCAGCCCAUCCUGUGCUGAGGAAUUCACACCACCUCCUACCAAGGGGAAGAAGAAAAAGAAGAAAUCUACGCGGAAGAAGAGAAGGAGGUCUCCGUCCUGCAGCCCCUCCCCACUGAAGAAAAAGAAGAAAAAGAAGAGCUCAAAGAAAAGAAAAAGAAACAGGUUUUCUUCAAAGAAGAGAAGACACAGUUCCUCAAGCCCCAAAGGCAAAAGGAAGGAAGAAAGAAAACACAAGAAACACUCUCGCAGUCAUCACAGAAAUCCCAACGCCGCCGCCAUCGCCACUGCCGCUCUGGCUCAGAGAGCACCAAUUCCCUCACAGAGAGCUGUGGAAGCAGGCCGGGAGCCAGAUCACGGGAGGAAGGCCGCAAAAGCGAGAUGGAAACACUCCCGGCACUCCUUGAAGAGCCCUCGAAAGUCCGAUGGCACUACAGAGCUGACCACCACUCCUUUCCCCGGCUGCACCCCCCAGAACGACGGCUUGCUCCCCUCCACGGAAGCUAUUUCAAAGUCUGGGUGUCCUGCUGACCUCUUUAAAAAAGCAGAGGGUCGGGUUGGCAGGCUGGCCCAACAGAAUGGAGAACCCCAUGAGUACGACUCAGGAAAUGAUACUUCUUCCCCUCCAUCCACCCAGACAAGUGCAUCCAGGUCAAAGGGGGCCCCCAAACCACCAUGUGAUCAAGUCUGUGAUGGUUUCAGCCGGGCCUUCUCUUCCGGGAAGGUGAGCAGAGGGAGCAGUUCUGAUUCAGGAAAUUCCUUCACCAGCUGCUUCUCCCGGACUAAGGGGGCAACUUUAGACAAUCCAUCUCCAAGUGUUCGAGCCAAGGAUGAAAGGUCAUGUGCCCGGAAUGAUUCUACAUCCAGCAGGUCAUCUCCAGAGUCUGACCACUCCCAUUUAUUACAUCACAAGGCAGGAUCCCGGUCUUCACACAGCAGAUCCUGUUCAAUAGGGACAAGAUCCUAUUCACGUUCUCCUAGCUACUCACCCAAGUCCUGCAAGAGAAGCCCCGGGAGAAGAAGCUCCAGGCAGCGACGAAGUCCCAGCUAUGCUCGCUAUAGUCCUAUCAGGGACCGUGAACAAGAUCACAAGUACGGGUCCAGUGAAAAGGAGUCUCACAGGCACCGUGACCGCCGACGCCGCAAACAGUCAUAUUCACCCAUGAGGAAGCGGAGGAGAGAUUCCCCCAGCCAUCUGGAAGCCCGACGCAUAACAAGUGCCCGAAAGCGCCCAAUCCCCUACUACCGCCCCAGCCCCUCUUCCUCAUCCCCCAGCAGCAUAAGCAGCUACUCCUCCUGGCACAGCCCCUUCAGCUACUCCCCCAGCCGUAGCCGCAGCUAUUCCAGCAAAAGGACCAGCCGCAGCAGAAGCUGGAGCAGCAGCGGCAGCGACCGGAGCCGCAGUGGCAGCAGCUCAGGGGCACGGAACAGCCGGCGAAGCGGCAGCAGGAGCGGCGAGUCAGCAGGCAGCUACGACAGCUUGCGCCGUUAGCGGACCAUGGCCAGGAGGGGUUGCCCUC